UCAAUCCAAAAGCGCUUUUGGAGAGCCAGUGCUUUUCGUGCAAGUCCCAGCUACUCGCUCGCCCUAGUUUCCCGUUCUUAUUUUUUUUAUUCCUUUAAUUCGUCCACAAAUCGGCGAGUCUCUCUUCUCAUCUUUAGGGUUCCAGAGCGGCGAGAGAGAGCGAGAGGGAAAUCUUCGAGCGACGGCUAUGGCGUUGAACCGUGGACUCCGAUCCGGGAUCAAGCUGUUGACAUCCUCCGAAGCCACCCUUUCCAAAUCCGCGUCUCGAGCGCUGCAUGCUACUGGGGUAAAGAGAAUGGGAGGGCAUGGCCAUGAUGAGGGAUACUACCUUCACGCAAAGCACAUGUACAACCUGGAUCGUAUGAAGCAUCAAAAACUGAAGAUGCCACUCGCGGUCCUGUCCGUCUUCAGCAUUGGUGUGGCUGUUCCAGUUAUUGCUGUCAUAUUCCAGCAGAAGAAGACGGCGUCUGGAUGAUGUACUCUACAUGCUGGAAGUAAUGAAUCUUUGCAUGUUUCCUUCUGUUCUUCGAUAAUCCCAGCAAUGUUUGCUCCUGAUUAAUCAGAGACUAGAUUUUCCAUAAUAAAUUUGAUGUUGUUGCCGCGGAUAAUUGGAUGCAUGUUAUUUUUUUGUGAAUGAAGGUGUCUGAAUUGAGAUUUGAUUCUGCAUCUCAAUUUGUUAGUAUUGCCGCUUGAUCAACCUAGCAUGGUCGGUGGCCUCAUGUUGUAUUUGUGAAA